AUGCAGAGAGCCGCCGUAAUGCUGUCUGAUGGAUACACCGUUCCCGAUCAGUCGAUUAUGACAAAGAGCUCCAAGAGGGUGGAGGUAAUGGCGCUGCAGAUCAAGGCAAGGAUAUCACCCAUCAAGUCGAACCAGAGGUCUGAAGAGGGCCAGAACAAAUACACAAAUAGUUCACGUGAUUACGGCACUGCCAGGGCAGCUCAUCUGCUCAAGAAGGAAGCCACCAGCCCAUCACCAAGCAGUCUGCCGGAAGCCACGGACAAGAGCUCCUCACCCUCCUCCUCAUCGAUGUCGUCCUCCCCUGAGCGCAACACGACAAGGUGGGCGGCGCCGGCGAAGCGGCCCGCGGGGCGCACCAAGUUCAGGGAGACGCGGCACCCGGUGUACCGCGGCGUGCGGCGCCGGGGCAGCAACGGCCGGUGGGUCUGCGAGGUGCGCGUCCCCGGCAAACGCGGCGCGCGGCUCUGGUUCGGGACGUACGUCACCGCCGAAGCCGCCGCGCGCGCGAAUCACGCCGCCAUGCUCGCCCUCGGCGGCCGCUCCGCCACCGCGUGCCUCAACUUCGCCGACUCUGCCUGGCUGCUCUCCGUGCCGUCCGCGCUCUCCGAUCUCCGCGACGUUCGCCGCGCCGCCGUCGAGGCCGUCGCAGACUUCCAGCGCCGGCAGGCCGUCAGCGCCCCCCACGGCACAGCCGCUGCGGAGGAGCCCUCGUGUAGCGAUUCUUCAGCCUCGUCGUCGGCUGACAGUACCGGUUCAUGGGAGACGUCGGGAUCGUACGCCGAUGCAGUCGUCGAGGUGCCGGUAACAAUGGACAGCGAUAUGUUCAGGUUUGACGUGUUCGCGGAAAUGGACUUGGGCACGUACUACAUGAGCCUCGCGGAGGCCCUGCUCAUGGACCCGCCGCCGCCGGCCACCACCACCGGCGCGUACUGGGACAACGCAGACUGCUUUGACGGCGGAGCUGAUGUGGCUCUGUGGAGCUACUAGCUAGGCAGGCAGCUGCUUAGCUCGAUAAUCCCCAGCACCAACUGAUUCUGCU